CGCAAUUUACGGCUGUCGUAAUUAACACCACGUGGAAAGCUGUACAUGGGCUCUGGGAGACAUGCGUUGAAUUCAGAUAUCUAUUUCACAACAGCGGUUAGGUUUCCAGCAAUGGCGAAGAGUUUACGGAGCAAGUGGAAGAGAAAAAUGCGUGCUGAGAAAAGAAAGAAGAAUGCACCUAAAGAACUGACAAGGCUCAAAGCGGCCUUGGGCCACGAAGGGAAGGGUGAAAUCACUAUGAAAGACAUAUCGGAGAUCUCCACAGUAGUGCCAGCGGAGAAGCUGAAGGGAAAGCCAGGAGAGGUAGACAUGGAGGGAGAAGAUGGCGCAGGUCAAAUGGACCUGGAUGGCAAGCUCAACAAGAAAACCCUUCUCAAUGAACACGGACAGUACCCAACAUGGAUGAGUCAACGACAGAUGAAAAAACAGAAGGCCAAACGAAAUCCCAAGAAACCAGGAAACUCCAAGAAGCACAAGAAGUUGGCGUGGUAGAGACUGUCUUGCAUCAUCGGCCCAUUGAGAAUGAGAGUCUGAGAGUGCUCUGGGAAACGGAGAUGGUUUUUUUCAAGUUGAUCGAAAUGUUAAAUGUUACCUCUGUGUGCCCUCUUAAUGUAAAAUAUUUUGUAAGAAUUUACAUUGAAUUGAUUGUAAUGUGAGAAAUAUAUUAGUCUGAACAUUCUAUUCCAUUAUGUUCUCUGAAUCAAAGAGAACUGUAUCUGCUUGAGAUUGUCCACUUGCGACAGUCACUUAUUUCAAGAUGUAUUUUUGCGUUGGUAACACUUCUGUAAUAAGAUCACUGUACACACACAGCCUCACUAUAACACUUGAUAUGGUUAUCACUGAUUGUGAUAACACUUUUUUGGACCUUAAAAUUCAGUAUGUUGGAUGGAUCAUUAAACAGUUGAACAUU